UGUAUCGUCUCGGCUGUACAGUACCGGUUAGACAGUCACGUAGUGGCCAAGUGCUGUGAAUUUACCUCUCCGAGGACUUUAAACUGCUCUUUUUUCUCUUCUUUCUUCUGCGAUCGACACGCAACUGGUUUCAGGUAUCCUCUCUGGCCAUGUUCACGUGAGUCUUCUUCUUUGCCAACCGCGGGGGAAUCCUCUCUUUCUCUUAAUCGUUCAUCAACCGAACCGGAAAUGACCGGCGGAGGGACCAACAUGGCGUACCACGGUCUAAGCCAGCACGUAAACUUCGACGUGAUACCAGAUCCCGGCGAUCGUUUCGUACUGGAGGAAUUAAUCGGCGAAGGAACCUACGGAGAAGUUUAUAGCGCACAAUGCAACGAAACCGGGAACAAAGUUGCGAUUAAAAUCUUGGAGAACGUGGCGGACAAUAUCGAGGAGAUCGAGGAGGAGUACCUGGUGUUGAGAGAUUUGAGCCUACAUCCGAAUAUCCCUGUGUUUCACGGAUUAUUCUUGAAAAGAGCGAAACCGGCGCAGGAAGAGGAUCAAUUAUGGUUCGUCAUGGAGUUGUGCACCGGAGGAUCGGUGACCGAUCUUGUCCAAGGUCUGAAGAGAAAAGGAAGACGCCUAACGGACGAGCAAAUAGCUUAUAUCCUCAGGGAAACGGUGGAGGCGCUAAUUUAUUUACACAGCAAUCACUGUAUGCAUCGAGACGUUAAGGGACACAACAUUUUGCUUACCGACGAUGCACACGUCAAAUUAGUUGAUUUUGGCGUGGCCUCGCACCUCGUAGCAACACUAGCGAGGAAAAAUACCUCGGUCGGCACGCCGUAUUGGAUGGCACCCGAGGUGAUAGCUUGCGAGCAACAAUUGGACUCUUCUUACGAUUCCCGAUGCGACGUAUGGUCAGUUGGGAUCACGGCGAUCGAGCUAGCAGAGGGAGAUCCACCUUUGUCCGAAUUGCAUCCGAUGAGGGCACUUUUUCAGAUCCCCAGAAAUCCACCGCCGUCUCUGAAGAAUCCUGAUAUCCAUUCUACAGAGCUGGUAGACUUUAUUACGGAAUGCUUGGUGAAAGAUCUCGAACACAGGCCAUUUGCCAGCGAAUUGAAAGAGCAUCCUCUGCUGCUGAACGUUGACUCGAGCUUGGAAAAGAUCCAAGACGAACUUCAACAGGAGAUUCGUCGUCAAAGAGCUGACGGAAGAGUGCACAGGCAACCCGAAGUGACCACCAAGCAUGGAAAAUUGAAGACUGAUCGCAAAGCUAGGCCGCAGAAGAUGUACAUGGACGAUCUGGCUGCGUUGGACAUGCUUUCCGAGGAUGCUAUCGUCGACCAAUUGCAACACAGAUACGAACAAGCUCAAAUAUACACUUAUAUUGGAGAUAUACUUGUCGCUGUUAACCCGUUCACUAAUCUGGGACUUUACACUGGAAUCGAACAAAAGAGAUACAAGGGCCAAGCAAGAUCGGACAAUCCACCUCAUAUUUUCGCAGUCGCCGAUGCUGCUUAUCAAGCUCUGUUGCACCAACGACAAAAUCAGGCGAUUGUAAUUAGCGGCGAAUCCGGAGCUGGAAAAACCGAAAGCGCGAAUUUGCUGCUGAAACAGUUGGUUUACCUCAGCAAAGCUCCGAAUCGUAACUUGGAAGAGAGGAUCCUUCAGAUAAAUCCGAUAAUGGAGGCAUUCGGUAACGCGACUACGGGAAUUAACGCGAACUCGUCGAGAUUUGGGAAGUACUUGGACUUAACGAUGACUAAAGGUGGUAAAGUUACCGGUGCCAGGAUAUACGUGUAUCUGUUAGAGCAGUCUCGGGUUGUGGCUCAAGCUGAAGGCGAACGUAACUUCCACAUAUUUUACUACAUGUACGACGGUCUGGAGGCGGACAAUCGCCUCUCAGAAUUCUACCUAGACUCGAAUGUCCACAAGCAUCAUCGAUACUUGACAGAUCAAAAUCAAACGUCUCAAACGCAUAUCGACAAAUUCCAACAAUUAAAGGCCGGCUUUAAAUUGCUCGGAUUUCGAGACAGCGAAGUGGACACUGUGUAUCGUAUCCUGGCAGCGAUUCUUCAUCUCGGUGAUAUCGAGUUCGGUGAAGUGGCCAGUGAGGAUAACACUGAUAACAAAAGUCGUGUAAUCGACGCAGCACCUUUGCACAGAGUGUCACAAUUGCUCGGUGUCGAGGAGAACGAUCUUUUGGACGCGUUGACAUCGAACUCGGUUAUGACCAGAGGAGAAACAAUCACGCGGAACAAUACGGUGGCCGAGGCGUGUGCAGCGAGAGACGCGAUGGCAAAAGGGCUGUACGGUCGAUUGUUCGACUGGAUGGUCAAUCAAAUCAACUGUUUACUAUGCUUCAAUCGCUCGCCAAACUACGAACCGCUGGCUAUCGGGCUACUCGACAUUUUCGGCUUCGAAAAUUUCCCGAGAAACUCCUUUGAGCAACUUUGCAUCAAUAUCGCGAACGAACAGAUACAGUAUUACUUCAAUCAACAUAUCUUUACGUGGGAGCAACAGGAGUACAUGGCGGAAGGAAUACCGGUGGAUUUGGUCGAGUUCUCGGACAAUAGACCCGUUCUUGACAUGUUGUUAAGCAAGCCGAUGGGUCUUUUGGCUUUGUUGGACGAGGAAAGCCGAUUCCCUAGAGCCACGAACAAAUCUCUCAUCGAGAAAUUCCACAGCAACAUCAAGUCCAAGUAUUACGUACGACCAAAGUCAGACGCUAUUUGCUUCGCGGUUCACCAUUUCGCGGGACGCGUGGUUUACCAAGCGGAAGGAUUUUUGGAGAAGAACAGAAAUUUCCUGCCGCCAGAAGUCAUCCAACUUGUCAGGCAAUCUCAGUACGAUAUGGUUCGUUUCCUCUUUCAAUGCCCGAUCACGAAGACUGGAAACUUGUACUCGGCGGUGCACGAAACUGACUCGAGAAAAUUGUCGCAGUCGAGUCAAAAUACGAAGGAACGAUACUCCAGUCGUGGAUUGGCGUCACAAUCUAGAGCUCAGCAAACUGUCGCAACUUACUUCCGGUACUCUCUGAUGGAUCUGCUGCAGAAAAUGGUGUCAGGAUCGCCGCAAUUUGUGCGUUGCAUAAAGCCAAACGACUCGAAGAGCCCGCGAUUCUUCGAUAAGGAAAAAGUGGUGAAACAGCUGAGAUACACCGGUGUCUUAGAGACAAUUAGGAUCAGGCAAAAUGGGUUCUCGCAUAGAAUACCGUUCAAUGAAUUUCUGAAAAGAUACUGUUUCUUAGCGUUCGGUUACGACGAACGCGUGGUAGCUAAUCGUGACAAUUGUCGUCUGCUUCUGAUUCGCCUGAAAAUGGACGGAUGGGCGCUAGGCAGAACGAAAGUUUUCCUGAAAUACUAUCACGUGGAGUUCCUCUCGAAGAUGUACGAGGAACAGCUGAAGAAAAUCAUCAUGGUACAAGCGUGUGUCCGCCGGUGGCUCGCUAAGAUCAGAUUCAAGAAGCAGAAGUGGCAGUUCGCUGUAUCAGUCGUGACUCUGCAACGACAUAUUCGUGGAUGGUUGUCACGGAAGCAUUUGCUGGAAGAAAUGAAGAAGAAGCAGGAAGAGGAGGAGGAGGCAACUGUUCUGCAAAAAGCGCUAGAAGAACAGAGAGAAAAAGCUGAGGCAGAGCAGGAAGCGGAAGAGAACGAAGACGACGAGGCCUCGAAGGACGAACUGAACCAAGAUGACGCUGCAGUUAUAAUUCAGAGUCACUUCAGAGGAUACACAAUUCGCAAACGUUUCGGACCUGAGCUGGAAGAACGUUUCAAGAGGAUCUUGAACAACUACGACGACAAAUUCGAAGCGCAUAAAGCGUUGUUGCGCGAAGGUUUGAAGAACGAAGAUGCAGCGUUCAUCGUUCAACGAUGGUACAAGAAAGAAGAGAGAGUUAAGAAGAGGAAACCUCCAGUAAAGGACAGUGUGCAUCCUAAAUUAAGACAAGCCGAUCUUAUACAAUUUUCUCAAAGUGUUCACAUGCAAAAUCAGGACGUGCACAAGAAUCUGCGUCGCAAUAAGCCUGGAGUGCGAUUGAACGACGUGGAAGAGCCACCUCCGGAUUACGUUCGACCGGAAGGAUUCAACAUGGUGCAGCCUAUCCUGCAAUAUCGAAGCGGCAAACAAGUGGACGGAGAGGACACCGUUAAAUAUUAUCGUGACUUGAAGGACGAGAUGAGCAGUGGUUCGGACUUCGAAGAAGAAGAAGUUGGCUGGGACUUACCGUUGAUACAGCUAGAAAAUGACCUUCACCCAUCGUCGAGGAGCCGAAUGGGCCAGGUUCUCGAAGUGAACGCGGAGAGGAGAGAGCGUUUGGAAGCUCAGGGCGACUUUGCGAUAGCCUCGGAGCAACAACUCUCGGACAUAUGGCACAAAGCUCUGGGAGAUCCGGACGAGAAUCAGCAACAAGAGAACUCGACCAGAGUGGGUACACGGACUAAUCACGUGCCUAUCAACAACCUGCGGUCCCCUCAAGUCUAUCCACACCGUAGGCAAUUUCCAGUCACCUCUUCGAAUCUCAACAAUUCAAACGGCCUACGAUCCAGAUACAUCGACCGAUACAACGGUGUAAACGAACGGCAGCAACAUUUCGUUGGUCAGCAACGUGUCGUCAAUGGGCACGCUGUAACCGGUCAUCAGAACGCGCUUAAUGGAGGCUCUAAUUUUACAAACGGGCAUCCGACAUUUGCCAAUGGACACGCGCUUCUAAACAGUCCUUAUAGCUCCGUGAGCGAACGCGAGGCCGCAAUUAACGAUCGUUCGAACGCUGUUAACGAACACUCGUCGUCGCAGAACGUCAACCUGCCUACCGGGCACCUGUCUUCCGGUAACAGAUACCGAAACGUUGUCACCGGCUGUCAGAACGGUUUGUUCGUCAAUAAAAUGGUCGUGAAGGACGAUCUGGUGAAACCGUCGAGAUUGAACAACGCUCUUAAGAACCGUGUAAUGGAUCGUCUGAAGGAGAUACGACCGACGAAGGAGAACGAGAAUUUUGGGAAACAUCGACAAACCGCCGGGGACGGUAAGAUUAGAAACGAUCGAUUGGUGAAUUCGCAGAACGCCAUCAACGGUCGAUUAGGUGUGAAAAAGGAGAUUGGGAAAGAUACGUUCGGUAUACCGACCGAUCUUAGACAAGUGCUCAAGCCCACUGUUGUCCAGAAGCGACACGAGAUCUUCAAGGUGGAUUACGAUCCGGAGGAUAUAAACGGUCCGUAUAAUUUUAGGCAGCUAUUGAGACCGGCCGAGUAUCUUCCUACCGAAUCUUUGAGAAAAAGAAAGGGCAGCCUGGCUUGCAACGGGGUCUCAGCAUCGAAGGAUAAAGUUCCUGAGAGGCACGUGAAACGAAGAGCGCCGCUGGCACCAAAUCAAAAUAAGCAUGUUAACGGGAAGAAGUGAAACCGCGUUAACAUGAUGCCUAAACGUUCAAAUUUUCCGAGGAAAGAAAUGUUUUACAGAUAUUUUAAGGGCAAUUAAACAGAGCGUAGGAUAAGUUAUCGAUCGAGUGUAUACGAGUUCCAGAGAGAUGUUUCUUUGUUAUUCUUUUUUCUGACGAAGAUUACGUAUGUUGUUGUAAGCACAGAAACGACACGCGGCUUAGCUUUAUUAAGAAGUAUAGUUCCCGCAAGAGAUACACGUUUAGUUGACAUAACGCAACAGUAAUGUA